UUUCCAAAUCACCUGCUUUCCUUAUAAACGAGACUAGAACGGUCACGUGAGGCACGAACCAAACGAGAGUAUAUACUUCCGGUUCACUGCUAGCUCGGAAGCAUAUUACGACUUGCUCAUAUUCAUCAUAUCGCUCGACCUUCCAACAAAUAACUCUUCUAAUACCUUGACCCCAAAUAUUCGGGCCCAUCAGGGAAACACGCCUCCACCUAGAGCCAUGUCAUCCUCGGACUCGGUCAUCUUCCUUACAGACGCUUCGACGUACUCGUCACUCCGCCAGGCGUUACUGGCUCGGGAUGACGUUCGAGCGCCUCAGACUAGUACGGGCUCGCGAUCAGAUCACAAAUCCGAAGCAAACAUCUCGACAGAUGCUCGCAAUGCCACGGAAGAGAUCUUGACUUACAAGAUCGACAACAAGUAUUAUACGGCCGACAUCUCUCUGUACCUUUGUUGCGUCAGCGGGCCAUCCUCCACGUUUCCUUCCUCCCAGUCCUCUUCCUCUUCAUCUCCAAUUGGGUCAAGAAGUCCAACGACAAAUAUACCACUAGUCUUCAGGUCACUAUGUUUACCAGAGGGAGGAGAAGGAGCAGCUCAGGCGUUUGUCUGGGCCUUCUCCGACGAGUCGAUGAUCGCCACGGGAUCGGGUUCGAACGAUCUUCCCAAACCUCCUCCCGAAUACCUUCAGACCAUUCUCGAGCAUCAACCCGCAAUGGAACUGAGUUAUGCGCUGUACCUCUCUAACAGGGGCGGGAGUCGGACUGGAACUAGCGAAGAAGACAUCCGAGUACGAGGUUCAGAGGAGUUCGAUGCAUUCGGGUGGGAGUUCGUUCAUCACUCUUUGAACGAGGGAGACGCUACGAUAGCUCGCGACGAGGAGGUGGGUGUUCCGCGAGACCUAGAUGAGGAGGAUCUGCAGGAAGAAGACGGCUUGAAGGUCAUCUUCGAUUCCCUGCAAACGAUCAUGUGGGAAGGCAUGAAGAGGAAACCCAAAUCUGCCACCUCCAAGCCUAAACCUAAUCGAGAAGUCGAUCGGGAAGACGUCGAGCGGCAUAUUGUUCCUCUGGCACCGGGAACCAACCCGGACUUGAACUCGGACUUGGACUCAAGUCUAGGUCAAGGUCUUGGUGCGGUGGAGAAGGAAGGCGUGAUCAGCCGGGACCUGGCCGAUUCGAAGCGGAUGGAGGACGACCUCGAAGCCUGGCUGAGCGAUAAGCCCGGUGCUGUUUCGCCUACACCUGCCUCGCUACCAGCGUCGGCAGAUAAUGCAGGUGGUAAGGACGAUGCAACGGCAUCCAUAGGCUUCGAGGACGAUUUCGGGCCGUUCCUCUCGAAUUCUUCCAGCUACGCUUUGAAUCCCAACACGCGUGCGGAAGACCCGGAUCUUGACCUUGACCUCGACCUUGACCAAGAGGUCAAUCUCGAAGCCAUCCUCGAUCAGCUGAACAGGACGAGAGCAGAGUUGGGUAUGUUCGAGAACGAGGACGAGCGGAGAGUCAGGGCGGGCAAGGAAGUCGGAAGGUUGUUGGGCAUGAUGGGUCUAGACCUGGACGAUGACGACGACGAUGAUGAUGGCGUCAGAGACGAGACGAUAUAGCGAGACUGUUGUAACUUGAGCAGUAAUCAGGAGCGAAAGCUUCGCACCGCUGGAUCGGAGCAUGCUCGACGAGCUUUAACAUCGUCCUCCCCAGUUCUUGCAAGUGUUAAGAUGUGCCCUUAAGGCUCGUGUAUGCUCAAACAUGCUUACGCUCAAUCCACCUUCCAAUCGUCACCCAAUGAGCCUCGAAUUAGAUAAAGAGGUU